CAGCAAAACAUGGCGGCAUCCUGUAGUCAACCUCUUGUCACGCCGGUACAUUAUGACCCGGCUUUUAAAGUGACAGUUCGGCUGCAUGAGUCUCUGUUGUCUGGGACGGACACACCCACCGACAUUGAGAUAGAGAUGAUGUCACUGUGUGGUCAGCUGGAUUUACUCUGCAGGAAGGAACUCACCCAGCAACCAUCUCACAGAAUUGAUAAUGGGAAGACAAGCAACUCCUUUGUGAACAGAGCCCGAGUCGUGUAUGACCAGAUGCAUCAGCUGCUGGCGAGAUGCAAUAGUCCGCUGGACGUCCAGGCAUACCUAGAAAGCAAGUGGCUUGAUCGUCUGUUUCCACGUGCGGCAGCUUAUGUUGUGAGGCCGGAGGCUUUGUCUAUUGCUUUAAAGAAAACAACACUUGAUAACUAUUACACUCAGUUGGCUGGGCUGCAUCAUCUCGCUACACUGGCUCGCCAGAUGAACAACGACCUGUCAACACAAUCCAAACCAAAAUAUAUAGCUCAUCAGCUGGCCUUGUUGUAUCAAAGCAUCACGAACCUGGAGGGCAGCUCUUCCGCCCUGGCUGUUCAGAAGAAGAAUAUAGAGGACAACUUUAAGACGGUGAAAGCUGCAUUUGCUGCCGAUCAGGGUGAAACAUACCUCGCUCCAGAGAUCAGAGAAUGGCUCCUGACACUGACCAACAACCUGGCGACUGUCAUGACCUCACUACCUGCCGCACUCACUGAAGACAUGCAGCAACCAGCCGCCAUACUGGCCCGCGCAUGAUCAAACACACAUCCCAGCCACACUUCACAGCAACCUUGUUUGGAUACACUGUAAAUCAAUCUGGGCAUGAUUCUAUGACACUCAACUCUCAAAUGGGUGUAUGGUAAUUGUGAAGAGGAUCUGUGACAUGUCUGACAUUAUGUCAUUCAAGGCAUACAGUUAAUACUAGGACAGACUUUCAACUCUCAAUGGAUGUAUGAGAGUGUGAAAGAGGUUUGCAGAGUUGUUUAAACCAGUGUCAGAAAUAACUGCCUGCCAGCUGCCCGUGUCUGGUAACUUUUCUGUCGGGCUGCAUGAAUCUUUCAUCCACCUGCUCGACUGUCAAGAUAAUUUCAAGACUACUCACGAAUUUAGUUUUAUUAUAACUCCUUGUAGAUUGUCAUGUAAUUGUUUGCAUUAUUUCUGCUGAAUCAAGACAGGAUUUGUCUCUUAUUUUAUGGUUAUGAUUUUGCAAUAUUUAUGAUGUCUAAAUGUGGGCAGGUAACUUUGAAGAUGGGCAGGCAACACUUAUUGGUCACCUGCCCCACUGUCUUUUGGGGUUUUGAAUUUAUUUCUAAACACUGGUUUAGACUGCUGUAUAACACUGAGCAGAAUUGAAUGCCGAUCUGAUCUAUGUCCUUCUUCACAUUCAUCUUUAGUUCCCCAUUUAAACUCACAAGCUGUGAUAUUCCAUUAAGUAUUAUACUGUUCAAAACCAACUCACUCACAAGAAUCAUAAUGGAAUAUUUGUUGAAAAAUGCUUUUAUUGCAUACAAAAGAACUGAAACAAUUGGCGUUCUGAUGUUUGCAGAUACUGAUAUCCUUGCCAUCCCAGGGUUAGUUGCUAUAAUGCUGAUGCGACGUUAAAGUUGUAACUCACUCACUCAUCCCAGGGGUAACAACUUGUUUUCAUUGUCAGUAUUGCAUUGUUGUUGCUCAAAACAAAGGUUGUAUUUUUCAUGUCAUAGUUCAUUCACGGAUGUAUCUAUAUGACCGUAACAGUCUGAACCCUCAUUCACUGAUGUAUCUAUAGACCGUAACAGUCUGAACCCUCAUUCACGGAUGUAUCUAUAUGACCGUAACAGUCUGAACCCUCAUUCACUGAUGUAUCUAUAGACCGUAACAGUCUGAACCCUCAUUCACUGAUGUAUCUAUAGACCAUAGCAGUCAGAACCCCCCCAUUCACGGAUGUGUCUAUAGACCAUAACAGUCUGAACCCUCAUUCACUGAUGUGUCUAUAGACCAUAGCAGUCAGAACCCCCCCAUUCAUGGAUGUGUCUAUAGACCAUAACAGUCUGAACCCUCAUUCACUGAUGUAUCUAUAGACCAUAGCAGUCAGAACCCUCAUUCACUGAUGUGUCUAUAGACCAUAACAGUCUGAACCCUCAUUCACUGAUGUGUCUAUAGACCAUAACAGUCUGAACCCCCAUUCACGGAUGUGUCUAUAGACCAUAACAGUCUGAACCCUCAUUCACUGAUGUGUCUAUAGACCAUAACAGUCUGAACCCUCAUUCACUGAUGUGUCUAUAGACCAUAACAGUCAGAACCCCCCCAUUCACGGAUGUGUCUAUAGACCAUAACAGUUUGAACCCUCAUUCACUGAUAUAUCUGUAACCAUAACAGUCUGAACCCUCAUUCACUGAUGUGUCUAUAGGCCAUAACGGUCUAAACCCUCAUUCACGGAUGUGUCUAUAGACCAUAACAGUCUGAACCCCCAUUCACGGAUGUGUCUAUAGACCAUAACAGUCUGAACCCUCAUUCACUGAUGUGUCUAUAGACCAUAACAGUCUGAACCCUCAUUCACUGAUGUGUCUAUAGACCAUAACAGUCAGAACCCCCCCAUUCACGGAUGUGUCUAUAGACCAUAACAGUUUGAACCCUCAUUCACUGAUAUAUCUGUAACCAUAACAGUCUGAACCCUCAUUCACUGAUGUGUCUAUAGGCCAUAACGGUCUGAACCCUCAUUCACUGAUGUGUCUAUAGACCAUAACAGUUUGAACCCUCAUUCACUGAUAUAUCUGUGACCAUAACAGUCUGAACCCUCAUUCACUGAUGUGUCUAUAGGCCAUAACGGUCUGAACCCUCAUUCACUGAUGUGUCUAUAGGCCAUAACGGCCUGAACCCUCAUUCACUGAUGUGUCUAUAGGCCAUAACGGUCUGAACCCUCAUUCACUGAUGUAUCUAUAUGACCAUAACGGUCUGAACCCUCAUUCACUGAUAUAUCUGUGACCAUAACAGUCUGAAACCUCAUUCACUGAUGUGUCUAUAGGCCAUAACGGUCUGAACCCUCAUUCACUGAUGUGUCUAUAGGCCAUAACGGUCUGAACCCUCAUUCACUGAUGUAUCUAUAUGACCAUAAUGGUCUGAACCCUCAUUCACUGAUGUGUCUAUAGGCCAUAACGGUCUGAACCC